AUGUUUCAAUUAUUAAGGUUUUCUAGAAUUCAUAAAAGAUCGAUCUCUUCAUUCUACGAGUUAUUCCCAAAAAAUUUCCCAAACGGAAAACCUGUUUGGUCUAUCGAUAACAAUAAAUUACGUAAAGAAUAUAGAUCACUGCAAUCGAAAUUUCAUCCUGAUGCAAUUGCUUCAAAUCAUGAAGACAACGAUAAUAAAAACCUGUCUUCUUUGAUAAAUAAAGCUUACCAGACUUUAAAAAAUCCCUUGGACCGCUCACAGUAUUUAUUAAAAUUGAUUAAAAAUAUCGACCUUUCAAAUGAAGAAGUUGCACAAAAUUUAACUCAGAACGAUCCAAAUCUUUUACUCACUGUCUUGGAUGUACAUGAACAAUUAGAAGAUAUAGAUAAUGAUUUCGAAAAUAUUAAAGAAAUUGAACUAGAGAACAAGAAAAGAAUCAUGAACAUUGAACAAAAUUUAAAUACCCUUUAUGAAAAUCAAGAUUAUGAUAAGAUAGCAAAGUUAACCAUCGAAUUAAAAUACUGGGUGAAUUUAUCAAAAGCUAUUAAAGAAUGGGAACCCAGAGUUAAAAACCAAUAA